AUGCACAAGCCAUUAGCACCUGAAUUAAGCUUUUCCUCCUCAUCUAACCCUCCGUCUCCUCGACCGCCGCCGUUUUCGUCGCUUUACCUCGUUCCCGAGUCUGAGCUUAGCCAAGCCAAGAGCACAGUCACAGAAGCAAGCGCUCCCUGCAUUCCUAUUUUCGCUCCUGGUCCCGCCCUCGGAGAAACCUCGACCUGCUCUUCACCCGCAGCCACAUCGUCCGUUGUCGCGGAUACCAAAGCUGCACUUUCGCGAGACAACAAGGGAGAGUCUUCUGCUAAAAGCGUAGACGACGCAGAACCGCCGCCGCCUUAUACGGAAGGGUCGAGCCCACUGUUGUCAUUUACGUACGUCAUGGCGGCUGCGGGAGGGGCUGCGAGUAUCAUCACUCAGGUGCAGACGGGAGGGCCGCCUCUGAAUAUACUUGGAGAACUCGCUGUAAUUGGGAUAGAUAUUGGGGGAGACGAACCCAUUACUCUUGAUUUACGUGGUACACGGUUCACCUUAUCGCGAGAUGAAUUGCUCACUUUACCGGAGUUUGUGUUAUUAUCUCUUUUCCCCAACGGAUUACUUCCUGAUAGCCAUAUGGCCGGCUUUCAAGAAGGGGAUGUAUACUCCAUCGAUUACGACCCUAUAUCCCUUCAAUAUAUGCUUGACUUUUUUCGGUCGGUAGCGCAGUCAAUUCCGUCUUCAUCUCCAUCCCCGACUACUUCACCAGAAGGCGAACAAAUCGAUUCGAUGCAUAGCGGUACCCGAGAUAUGCUCCAGGACCGUGCAGGCAUCAUAGUCCUUCGCGAAGAUUUGGACUUCUAUGUAAUCCCGCCACAUGCAGGGAUUGACCAUCCCGAGAUGAUGGAGAUCAAACGGGCGGCGGGCAAGGCAUUACUCAGGCAAGACGGAAUCUUCUCUGGACUUAGGAAAAGUGACGAGGCCGGAACGACUGAGCAGCAUCUAAUCGAAAUGCUAACAGCUGGCGGCUUCAAUCAUGAUGACCGGUGGGGCCAUCGUGCCGGGGAGCCCAAUAAAGCCGUCAUAUGCAGCUUGGGGCUGGCGAAAUUACGAACUGAUAUUAGAGGAGAUAUCACGGGUAACAAUGCUGUCGGUAUGGCACAGAAAUUACUCCUUUUUUGGAGAAAACCGGCUCGCCGGUGCUGGUGGGAAGGGGUCGAGCUGGAGGGCAUAGAGGGUGUAGAGGGCAAACUCAAAGUUUGGAUUCGAAGAGUUUGGACUCUUGAAAUGAGCGUAAUUGGGCUACGUUGA